AUGGCAGGAACUUUGGCUCGGCAAACUCUCCUCGCCUUACGCGCCCGCCAGUCGGUAGGAUCUGAGUUCCCGGUGGAUCUAAUCUCUCUCGGAUAGCUUGCUAUUGCUCCGUUCGAUCCGUCUUGUUUUGGAAAACCCUAGGCCUUUCUCUAUGCUAUGUAUUGAGUCAGUGGUGGUUUCUAUCUCCUGUGAAGUAUUAAUGUGGAUAGACGAUCGCCGCCAAAAAAUUUAGGGGGAAAUAUGCCGCGUAGAAGUAGAAACCCGUUCCCUAUUUCCCAUUUUCUUGGCAGGAUGUCGUUCGUCAUGUUUGUUAUCAAGCGUUAAAAAUGUACCGUUACAAAUAAAAUAAAAUUAAGAGGAGGUUACGUAUAAAUGAUUAAUUUAUACCUUCCUUCAUGAUUUUACCAUGAGAUGCGAGCUUAUCUAUGCACAGCCGCACAAUAUUUUCGACUUCUUUGGCUGUCUUGUUAGUACUCUUUUGCUAUCUCGCUGAACACCGCUCUACAUGUUGGCACGAGUGGUCAUCGCAAUUUUUUUCUCGAGAAUUUCUCAAAUGGAGAAAAUAUCCAAUUUCCUUUUUAAGGGCAUCUAUUAUUUUUAGUCAUAAUCUAGAAAGGGAUUCUUUUUCGUCGGGUUAUUUGAUGUGGCUUAUGUCCAUUAUUAGGUGCCUGUUAUUCGAUUAUAUUCUACAUGAUAAACGUCGUAUUAAAUCACAGUUCCGUAAUUUCUUCUGUUCGAUUUGUCGAGCAAGUCUCUUGGACCACUGUUCUUCUUCAAUAGGCGUGUGGUAGUCAAGUAUGAGUGAGAAUUUUUGACCGACGCUGCAUGUUCAAGAAAACAUCUUUUUCUCGUGGAAACUUGACAAGGUUACUAUGUUUAGCUGUGGUAAUCUCUCAUCCAUGGUGUUACAAUAUAAGCAUCCAGGUGACCGCCUGUUGAAUAUUUGUUGCCAGUUUGUCUCAAAAUGCUUCAUCACCGGAAGCUGGACUAAUAUAAUUGAGGAGACCCAAAUGUCUUUAGUUAGAGUAAUAAGUGCCAUGGAUGGUGGUUUAUGAAGGCAAAGGAAUAUCUAUAAUUUAAUUUUUAUUCACAGUAUGACCACUUUGGAGAUCAAUAUUUUGACAGAAAUCAAAUCAUUGGGGGUAAAAUAGACUGAUUUUUUUCGGAACUCUGCUUGUAACUUUCAGUGACUGAAAGUUUUCAAAUUUUUUAAGUGACCGGAAUAAAUGAGACGUGCUUAUCAUUGCUAUUGAAGAUUUGGCUCUUGAAUGGGUUAGACACUUUAUCAUGGAGGAAUAAUGCUGUGUGCCCUCAGUAAGUUACCAAGUUUUCUAUAGCUUCUAGAGUAACGUGAAGAAUAGUGCUUCUAAGGGGAAAUUUAUUUACGUUAAUACGGAUGCAAUCUGACAGCAUAUUCAGAAUGUUAAAUGUAGGUUUAAAUUAGUCCAUAAUAUUACGUUCUGUUGGGGCGUGUGAUGGAUCCAUGGAGAAGAUUUGAAAUUUACAGGGCAUAAAGAUGGAAAAGCAAUAAUCGUCACUCAGAUUAUUUUUCUCGGAAAGAUAAAGGAGGUAUUUGAAAUAAAAAAUUUAUCAACUACGACGUAGCCUAAACAUGAUGACAAAAGAUGUGAGAUGAACUGCUGCUUACAUUUCAUCAUGCAUCGUUUGGUUAUCCAGAAAUCUGUCAAUACUCAGGCAAUGACAGUUGAUGUUGUAAAUGAUUCUUGAUCCAAUUCUUAGUAGAGCGAGUAUGCUCUCUAGAAAUGGUAAGCUUUGAGAUCUGCUGUUAAAUAAAGUUGAACUUCAACGCACUAGUAAGGUGUCCUAUAAGAUUUUUGACCGGCGUUCUUUCAAAGUUAAUACUUGAUGCUUUUACAUCUUCUUUUAGAAUGGAGGAAGAAUUAUGUUAAGAAUGUCGGCUUGUCAGCUAGCAUUGGAUGAUUGAAAUCGGGUUCAUAGGAUGGGACUCGUGAUGCUGAGAUAGGUGCUCAUAGUUCUUAGUUACUUGAGUUGCAUUUGCUAUAAAUCCCUUAAGUUUACAAAUAUUAUAAAUCCCUUAACGUGAAACCUGUUGACCAUGUAGAAUCGAUGCUCUUGUUUUUAUCCUUGACAGCAUUAACUAUCCCGUUAUUGUUUUGUAUUUAUAUAUUACUCUUCUGAUGAGUGUUAGUUGUUUCCAGAAAAUGCUUCUGUAUGGUUUGCCUUUUUUAUUAUUAUUGUUUUGUUAGUUUACAUUUUAUUUUUUUAACUCAAUUGUAGGCUCGAGUUGGUCUGUCUGCACAGGCUCUGCAUAGUUCUUGGUCACCACUUGGUUCGCAACAUUUUUCUACUAAGAAAGGUUAGAACUAUCCUCUAAAUCUAAAUUUUCUUCUUUCUUUCCUGCUGUUUCUUGCAUAAUUGUAGAAAAGUGAACACCCUAUUUCUCGUUAAUGACUUUAUGGCCUCAAUUUUCUAUUAUUUUCCUGUACGGGAAAGGUUAAUCCUACAUAUAAUUAUGGAUCUGCAUGUCAGCUCCGGAGGAACCCUAGGUCGCUGGUCUCCGAAAGGAGUGUCACCCGAGGAAGACCAGGGAGAAAAAUAACUGCAGAAAAAGUUGUCAAUUACAGCCAAUAGUCUAGGUUUAUACUAGACUUACAUCUUAAUGCGGAUCUAGUCGGAGGGGUCUAUUAGGGUCUAUUAAGGUCAUGAUUACAAUAUCAAGAAAAUAGAAAUACAAUAAAUAAAAGUGAAAGGGAAAAAGAUAAUAUUAAUUUCAGCACUACAGUAUGCUGUUUGUUUAUUAUAUCAGGGAAGUUAUCACUUAUUCAAGAUGGGUACUAUCCUGUGAAUCCGUAGUGGUUGCUAAUAUGCUAAUUACCAGUCAAGGCUUAUUAUGGUAAGGCGUGUGGUUCUGAUUCCCACUAUCAGAAAAGCGAAGUCUGCAGAAGCAAACUUUCAAAGAACUUUUUCGUUUUAUCAGUUUCCUCUAAGAAUGGAGUUAUUUUCCGUUGCCAUGUUGCCAUCAUCAUGAGUGAAGUGAUGACCAAUAAUAAUAAGUGUGUCAAAUUUGAGCUGGGCAUAGAAAGAUCCAAGAUUCAACACUGCUUUUGCACGGCUGGAUUUUGAGCUAGAAUGUUAGAAUUAAUCUGCCGUUAUUUUUAUACCAAAAUCAUCUAAUAUCAAAUGUCCGCAUGACAGCUUGGAUAUUCUUGAAGACAGGUUAAUCUUAGGAUGUCUUGCACACUUAUCUUAUCGAACAGUUGAGGUGGUUAUUGGCCAGCCAGACCUUUUGGUACUUCCAGCAGACUUUCUGAUCUUGCAUCUUGGUCAAGAACCUGGGACCACCGUUUGACAUUGUGUAGCCUACUUAAUGGUCUUAAUUUUGUUGACAAAUCUUUGGAAAUGAUGGUCUAGGUUGGUACAAUAAACCUUCGGAAAUGAGAUUUUUCUUUCAGCAUUUGGACCCUCAAUUCUCAAUUUAAGUGGUGACUGUUUGUGAAUCGCUGUUUUUCCUCCUUAUACAUGAUCCAGAAGGUAUAUUCCGGGAGUGCUAGCGAUUAGAGGUCACAAUUAUGCGUUCCACCGGGGGAGCAUAACUACUAAAGUUGUUUUCUAUAUCUUAUAUAAAGUUCCUUAUGAUCCUUGGAUGAGUCAAAUUGCUUAUUGAUAUAACUCCUUGAACAGAUCGUAGCUGAUACUAAUCUUGACUACGUCUUUUCUCUUGCUGCCAUGAUGAUGAUGUGUGUAUGGGCUUUUUGUUGACGACUAGUCAUAGAAUGUAAAUUGUCAGCAGAUAGUGUAAGCCUGUGGAAUGUUUGCGAAUCGUGGUGCAUUUCAAUGUUCCAUGGGCGUCUUCAUUAUUCUUUGCACAUUUAUCUUCUUUGCGUUGGAAAAUUCUCAGAUGAUGAAGAGAGGGAACAACUUGCCAAGGAGAUAUCAAAGGACUGGAGCGUUGGUACUUCUCAACCAUAUAUUUUUCCAUCUCACCUUUUUUCUUUAAAAUAUUUGUUUACAUUCUUCUGAAGAGUUCUGAAUUCUUUCUCAUGCUUUGGAUGAUCAUUUGCAGUCUUUGAACGAAGUGUAAAUGCAUUGUUUUUGACUGAAAUGGUUAGAGGCUUGAUGCUGACGCUCAAAUAUUUCUUUGAAACGAAAGUUACCGUAAGUUAUCUCUCUGCUCUUCCACUGUUGAACAUCAUCUGCCUUUCACAGCCUCACGUCAUUUUAAUUUUUUUUCCACAUAUCAUUCGAAUUAUUAUACGAUGUUAGCCUGACGGUUCAUAUGAAUGUACAUGUAGAUUAAUUAUCCGUUUGAAAAAGGCCCUCUGAGCCCCCGAUUUCGUGGCGAGCAUGCUCUUCGUCGGUAUCCAACCGGAGAAGAACGUUGCAUCGCCUGCAAGCUGUGCGAAGCUGUGAGUAUCAGUGCUCUUCUUCUUGCACUAAUGAAGAUCUGAAGUAGAUCUUCAUGAGUAGAUGAAGCUGGUCAACGAGUCCCAAUCCUGGUGAACCAGACUUUCCUUAAUGAGAUCUCUGUUGACUUUGCCAGAUUUGCCCGGCGCAAGCCAUCACCAUCGAGGCUGAGGAACGUGAAGAUGGCAGCCGUCGGACCACAAGGCACGAGCAUCUUACAGCGCGGUUUCUCAUUAUAUGAUGAUGAUUCUGUCUUGCAUGGUCCAACCGGCUUCUACCUUCCGUGUGAUUCACAGGUACGACAUCGACAUGACCAAGUGCAUCUACUGCGGGUUCUGCCAGGAGGCGUGUCCAGUUGACGCCAUUGUGGAAGGGCCCAACUUCGAGUUCGCCACUGAGACCCACGAGGUGGGCUUUCUCGUUGACUUGCUCGCCUUCGCCUUCUCUCCUUCGUGUCCAGGAUCUCCUGAACUCUCUUGUGGCAUCUCAUGUAGGAGUUGCUUUAUGAUAAGGAGAAGCUGCUUGAGAAUGGGGACCGGUGGGAGACCGAGAUCGCUGAGAAUCUCAGAUCGGAGAGCCUUUACCGGUGA